AUGUCGCCGGCAGAGCAGCCAAAAGUUGUGGGGGUGAUGGGUGGAUCCUUCAACCCCAUUCACUUGGGCCAUGCAUUGCUUGCGAUAACCGUGCACCAGACCAAGCCAGUCGACGAAGUCCUUCUCGUACCUGUUUUCAAGCACCCGGUGAAGAAGGACCUGCUUCCCUUUGAAGAUCGCGUUGCAAUGUGCGAGCUCGCCGUGUCCGCAAGCGGCAUAGGCGUGAGCUCCGUCGAGCAGGAGACCGAAGAGUCAAACGCAGUGAUGCUGCGUGCCCUGCGGAACAAGUAUCCCGAGGGAAGCAAACUGCUGUGGGUCUGCGGGGAUGAUGUGUUCGAGUGGAUUUCCAACGAGCGUGGACAGGCCAUGCUUUGCGAGCUGGACGGGCUCAUCGUCCAAAGGCGGUUGCACAAGGCACCUGACAACCAGACUGACCGCUUCUACCAAGCACCAGUGGACAGUGAUUUGGUGCGGGCCUUGGCCGCGGAGCAUCAGGUUCAUGUCGACUUCAUCUAUGGCGAGCUGCCGCACUACUCGUCCACCCUCGUACGCAACUCCCCUGCAAGCUGGCGAGCCUUCCUGCCCCAGAAAGUGGCGGCGUAUUUGGACGAGCGACCAGCACUUCUGGCACAACUGGUGCGCAGCGGCGACGCGCCGCCAGCCCAGAUGACGCCCCCAUCGUCGCCACUCGGGGACACGGCGGAAUGUGAAGAUCUGGAUGAUGACGUUCUGGAGCAGACGGUCCCAGAAAAGCUGGAGAAGCCAGUCGCCGUGGGGUUUGUGGACCUCGUCCCAGACGAGGAGACGUCCGCCUCCACACCGUCAGAUGCAGCCGACUUGCCUCACAUCCUCGGCUCCAUCUUGCGCAGCAAGCGCUCGCCCCCGUCCAGGAGCCCCAACCGCAAGCGGACCGUGUCCAGACCACCCUCGGGGCAGCGACUCCGGGAGGCAGCACUGUCUUGUGUCAUGCGCUGCCUGGCGACAGUCCAUUCGCUGCAAAGGGAGCGUGGCCAGACCGCGCUCGCUUUGGCGCUUCGGGGCUCUCCGGAAGGUGAUGUCGCGGCAAGAAAGUUGCGCAACCUCCGCCGUGCUACCACAGAGACGCUGCAAGGUGACGAGGCAGAGCUCCUCCAUGCAGCCGGCUUCGCAGCUGGCGCUGCGGGAGCCGUGGCGGAGGAGCUUCGUCACGUACCCAAAUGGCUCAGCUACGACCGUGCACUGCUUGACCAGCUUUUGGCAGAGGCUCCGGGCCCUGACGGCCCACAGUGUUGGAUGCGACGUUCCUCGCUUCUGGACAAGUUCAAUGUGCGAGUUGAUGUCCUCAUUGACGCGUGCGUCCGCGCCUUGGGCGAGCUCAUGGUGUCACGCAAUGGGGCUCCUCUGCAGGUAUGGAGCGACUACGAUGCAACGGCAGAAAAGUUCGCAUGCGACGAAGACACCGAGACCACAGGUGAGUGGCUCCUGUCCCUCUUUCAGCAGUAUGCAGACUGCAAGGAAGCGCUCGGGCGAUUGCGAUGCUUCGUGGCAGCCGGGGGCCAGAAUGCUCCUCACCUCAUCAGGACAUCCUUCAGGGCCCGACGGCGUUUGAAUGAGGUGAUCGAGCACAAGGACCGGAUGCUGCGACGGGUCCUCUCGACCGAGCAGGCCAGCCCCGGUGCGGAGCACCCUGGGGCGCACACCGCCGCGGCGCUGCACAAGAUGCUGCGCUCAGUAUCACAGAUGGAGUUCCAGCUGAUGGGAUGCUUCGCCCGUAGCACGCCUUUAGAGGUGAUGCACGAGGCUUUAGCAAACCGAGACCGGGAGCGGGAGGAGUAUGACGUCACGAAGUGGUUUGGCACCCUUACGUCAGUCAUCGAUCUCAUGGUGACUCUGGACCAGGCUUUGGCCGCAUUUAUUUGCACUUACUCCGAGGGCAGCGAUGCUUAG